AGCAUUUCAUCACGUCUGUGAGCUUUAAAAGCCAAACACGCAGACAGAUCACAGCGGCGUCUCUUAUUUCCUUCCGCCUCUUUGUUUAAAUCAUUUAAAUUAUUUUCAUCUUUUCCUGCGUCUCCGUCUCAGUUGCUUCUUUAUUUCCUGCAUCUUCUUUUUUUGUUACUCGUCUUUUUCUUCAUAAAGCGGUUUAGUGUUUGAGCUCCACUCUGCAGAAGCUGACAAUGACAUCAUCGCUUAGUCGCCGCACACACACACACACACACACACACACACACACACAUUCUGACACGUUGGGAUCAGCUCUUAAAUAGGCAGCAAACAGAAUCAUGUAUUUAUGAUUUGCUUCUCUUGAGUUUCUCUUCUGAAUCUUUAUGUUUGUUGAGAUUUGGACGUAUUUGUUUUCACAGUUUAUGAUGCAAACGAGGCUUUGUGGUGCAUGAAGCAGCGUCUUUCGCUGUAGUCUUCUCAGGUUGAACAUCUGGAUUCUGAUGAAGGAAUAUGCUGACUUUUAAAUCUAAAUGAUUUGAAGCCACUAGACGAUGGGAGGGAACACGUAAAACCAAAAGACGCAUCAAAGAUCACAAGAAACUAGAUAUCUGGGAAACACAUGUCACAACAAGCGCUCCAUCAGUUUCUCCUCUUCAUGUCACCUUCUGUUUGGUUCUUCUGUGGUCCCUGUGGAUUAACUGACUGUGUCUCCUCAGGAACACUCUACCUCACCACAGUGUCUUCGACAGAGAGCCGCAGAAUGACUCUAGCAGCAUACAGAGAGAAGAUGCGAGAGCUUCCCCUGGUGUCUCUCUUCUGCUCCUGCAUCCUCCCCCAACGCAGAGACGCCUCGGCCGACCAGAAGGAAGGCGUGGUGGACCUGAACCUGUGCAACAUUCGCCACAUGGAGGUGAUCGAACUGAGCAAGCGGUCGAGCGGCCAGGCCUUCGAGGUCAUCCUGAAGCCGCCCUCCUUUGACGGCGGCCCCGAGCUCAGGGCGACCACGCCGCCUCGCCAGAAACCGUCUCUGGAGGAAAUCCAGAAGAAGCUGGACGCCGCUCAGGAGAGGAGGAAGUGUCAGGAGGCGGAGCUUCUGAGGCACCUGGCCGAGAGGCGGGAGCACGAGCGGGAAGUUGCACAGAAAGCCCUGACCAAAGAGCGCCAGGAGCAUCGCGCCGACGCCGCCAAGGAGCAGCGGCAGAUGCACGAGAACGCCCCGCUGGAGCGACUGCACGCGGAGGACAAGCACUGUGUGGAGGUGUCCUGAUGGCCUGAUCACAACACAAGCUGAACUUUCUUUGGAAGCCAUUUUUGGAGGACUGGCGAGCUGAGGAUUGAGUUGCCGGAGACGCCGGCCACAGACGGACAGGAAGAGAGAAGAUGGAAAGGAGGCGGAGGAGGACCGAAGGCGGGUCAAACCCGCGCGACCUCCUCUUCAUGACCAGGACUCUUUUUAUUGAGAUAAACUCAACCAAAACACUUCCACAGGACGCUGCACAUUCAUCACCACAUCGCAGCGCCUCUUACCGGCUUUGUCGCCAUGCUGCCAACUGUGCCAAUGUACUUGUGUGUGAGUGUGAUUGCACACGGAUCAAGAACUCAAGUUGGACCAAACCAAUAACAGGAACCGGACCUGAGCCAAUGGAUUUGGUUCAGCGGACCUGAAGAACCCGAUCAGGCGUCAGCGUGGAGGAGUCUCUGCUUCCUGGAAACACACCGAGUCAAACAGCUUCAUGUGCUGCUCUGGAUCAGUACAUUUACUGCAAGCCGGUACCACGUGGCUCCACAGCAGCGUCCAGUGGUACCAGACCGGGACCCGAGGUCAAGUGGACUCGGUUAAGACUGUUAUGAGAGACGUGAGCGACUCAGUGACUCAUUAACUCAUUAGUCUGAGACGAGUCGGACUCGUGGAGGAUCGUGUGCGUGUUUGUGCACGUUUCUCAUUAAUGUAAAGGAACUGAUGAUGAUGAUGAUGAUGAAGAUGAUUCUAUUUUAAAUUCAAAAAUAAAACAAUGACUCUUUACUUUGUUGUUAAAAAAAUCUUUUUAAUUCAUUUUCAAAAAAAAAAUCAUUUUUUAAUCAUAUUCAGCUUCUGAAUAAAUACACUUACACAUAAAUAGAGUAUUAUCAAUAAAUACCAACUAAAAGUCAUUUUAAAUUAAGUGAAAUCUUAAAUAGAACAUAAUUUAUAUGAACAUAUAUCCAAUAGUUUUACUCUUCAGCUCCACGAUCGACUUUGUCCAGUUUUCUGUUUGGAGACAAAUAAAAGUAAGAUGUCAAAUAAAACAAAUGGAAUAAUUGUC